AUGAAACUAGUUGAAAAAGAAAGCAAACUUUCAUCAUCAUCAUCAUCAUCAUCAUCAUCAUCAUCAUCAUCAUCAUCAUCAUCAUCAUCAUCAUCAUCAUCAUCAUCAUCAUCAUCAUCAUCAUCAUCAUCAUCAUCAUCAUCAUCAUCAUCAUCAUCAUCAUCAUCAUCAUCAUCAUCAUCAUCAUCAUCAUCAUCAUCAUCAUCAUCAUCAUCAUCAUCAUCAUCAUCAUCAUCAUCAUCAUCAUCAUCAUCAUCAUCAUCAUCAUCAUCAUCAUCAUCAUCAUCAUCAUCAUCAUCAUCAUCAUCAUCAUCAUCAUCAUCAUCAUCAUCAUCAUCAUCAUCAUCAUCAUCAUCAUCAUCAUCAUCAUCAUCAUCAUCAUCAUCAUCAUCAUCAUCAUCAUCAUCAUCAUCAUCAUCAUCAUCAUCAUCAUCAUCAUCAUCAUCAUCAUCAUCAUCAUCAUCAUCAUCAUCAUCAUCAUCAUCAUCAUCAUCAUCAUCAUCAUCAUCAUCAUCAUCACUUAUCACACACUUUUCAUCACACUGGUUCAUCAACUGUACAAAAGAACGGUACGAAGCAUUUCUUUGA